ACUCCUAUAAAGGGCCAGCCUGAGCUUCAGAGGAUCCCUGUAGAGGAUCCUGAGACAGCACGUGGACCUCCCACAGCCUCUCCCACAGGUACCAUGAAGGUCUCCGUGGCUGCCCUCGCUGUCAUCCUGGUUGCUACCACCCUCUGCGCUCCUGUAUCUGCCACCCCAUAUGCCUCAGACACCACACCCUGCUGCUUUGCCUACAUUGUCCGCCUGUUGCCCCGUGCCCACAUCAAGGAGUAUUUCUACACCAGUGGCAAGUGCUCCAUCCCAGCAGUCGUCUUUGUCACCCGAAAGAACCGCCAGGUGUGUGCCAACCCAGAGAAGAAGUGGGUUCGGGAAUACAUCAACUCUUUGGAGAUGAGCUAGGAUGGAGAGCCCUUGAAUCUGAACUGCUUGCUGCUUGCUCUUGUCCUAGCUUGGGAGGCUUCCCCUUGCUACUCUACCCUACACCCUCCUUGGAGUGCCCAGAUUCUGUCACACAGCAGCAGUUAUAAAAGCCUUCCCCAGGCUGGGCACAGUGGCUCAUGCCUGUAAUCCCAACACUUUGGGAGGCUAAGGUGGGCGGAUCACUUGAGGUCAGGAGUUUGAGACCAGCCUGGCUAACAUGGUGAAACGCCAUCUCUAUUAAAAAUACAAAAAUUAGCUGGGCGUGGUAGUGUGUGCCUGUAAUCUCAGCUACUUGAGAGGCUGAGGCAGGAGAAUCGUUUGAACCCAGGAGAUUGAGGCUGCAGUGAGCUGAGAUUGCACCACUGCACUUUAGCCCGGUGACAGUGCAAAACUCUGUC